AUGGACAUCACUGAUAUUCCAGAGAAAAGCAGUGAGGGCCAGUCUUCAAGCAACAGCAAUGCAAGAUGGCAGCCACCAUGGGCUCAGGAAAUUUAUGAAAGCCAAAUAUACAGCCUUAAAAUAGAAUGUGGACCUAAAUACCCAGAAGAACUCCCCUUUGUAAGAUUUGUAACAAAAAUUAAUAUGAAUAGAGUUAAUAGUUCUAAUGGAAUGGUGAACCCAAGAGCCAUAUCAGCGCUAGCAAAAUGGCAGAAUUCAUAUAUCAUCAAAGUUAUCCUUCAAGAGCUUCAGCGCCUAAUGAUGUCUAAAGAAAAUGUGAAACUCCCUCAGCCAUCUGAAGGACAGUGUUACAGCAAUUGAUCAAAAAGAAAAACCACAGGCCCUUCCCCUUCCUCCAUACUUGAUGUAAGCAGUCUUCAUUUU